AUGCUGGCGGCAGAGAAAGGACAUAAAGAAGUGGUGGAGUUACUAGUUGGAAAAGGGGCUGGUGUGUCACUCGUUGAUACAAGAGGUAACAACAUCCUUCACUGUGCCUGUAGGGGAGGGGAUGUUGACGUGGUGAAGUACAUCGUCUCAAAGAAAAUGGUUGAUAUCAACAGUAGGGAAUGGAAGAACAAGACAUCUUUAAUGGUAGCAGGCCUGUGGGGACAUAAAGCAGUGGUAAAGUUACUCGUAAAACAGGGAGCUAAUCAGUCACUCAGGGAUAAACGCGGCGACAACAUCCUUCACUUAGCCUGUCAGGGAGGACAUGUGGAAGUAGUGAAGUACAUCAUCUCGCUCGACACGACUGAUAUCAACUGUAGAGGUUGGAGGAAAAGGACACCAGUUAUGUGUGCAGGACGACAUGGACAUAAAGGCGUGGUUGAGAUACUCGUUAACAAUGGAGCUAAUCUGUCGCUCAGAAAUUCACGUAGUAACAACAUCCUUCACUUUGGAUGUCAGGGGGGACAAGUGGAGGUGCUGAAAUAUGUCCUGUCUCAGAACACGGUGGACAUCAACAGUAGAGGAUAUGGCAACAAGACACCAGUCAUGGUAGCAGGGAGAAGGGGACAUAAAGAUGUGGUUGAGUUACUCGUAAUGCAUGGAGCUAAUCUGUCACUCAGGGAUAAAAGCGGUGACAACAUCCUUCACUAUGUCUGCACGGGAGGACGAGUGGAGGUACUGAAAUAUGUUCUCUCACGGAAGACGGUGGACAUCAACAGUAGAGGAUCUAAGAACAGGACUCCAGUGAUGGUAGCAGGGCGAAUGGGAUAUAAAGACACGGUUGAGUUACUCGUUGAUCACAGAGCUAAUCUGUCACUCAGUGAUGCACGCAGUGACAACAUCCUUCACUUAGGAAGUGCAUGGGGACAUGUGGAGGUGCUGAAAUAUGUCCUCGCACGAGACACGGGUGAUAUCAACAGAAGAGGAAAUGACAACAAAACACCAGUUAUGGUAGCAGGAGAAAGGGGACAUAGGAACGUGGUUGAGUUAUUCGUAAUACAUGGAGCUAAUUUGUCACUUAGAGAUAGAAGCGGUAACAACAUCCUUCACUUAGGAUGUGCAAGGGGACAUGUGGAAGUUCUGAAAUAUAUCAUCUCACAGGCCACAGUUGACAUCAACAGUAGAAGAAAUGAUAACAGGACACCAGUGAUGAUAGCCGGACGAUGGGGACAUAGGGACGUGGUAGAGUUACUCGUUGAUCACAGAGCUAAUCUGUCACUCAGAGAUGUACACGGUUACAACAUCCUGCAUUUAGGAUCUUAUGGAGGACAUGUGGAGGUACUGAAAUAUGUCCUGUCACAAGACACGGAAGAUAUCAACAGUAGAGGAAAUGACAACAAAACACCAGUGAUGGUAGCAGGAGAAAGGGGACAUAAAGACGUGGUUGAGUUAUUUGUAAAACGUGGAGCUAAUUUGUCACUUACAAGCAAACAACAUACUUCACUACCGGGAGGACUUGUGAUGGAAAUAUAUCCUCUAGCACUGUGGACUAGAAGAAAUGAUAACAGGACACCAGUGAUCAUAGCCGGACGAUGGGGACAUAGGGACGUGGUAGAGUUACUCGUUGAUCAGAGAGCUAAUCUGUCAAUCAGAGAUGUACACGGUUACAACAUCCUGCAUUUAGGAUCUUAUGGAGGACAUGUGGAGGUGCUGAAAUAUGUCCUGUCACAAGACACGGAAGAUAUCAACAGUAGAGGAAAUGACAACAAAACACCAGUGAUGGUAGCAGGAGAUAGGGGACAUAGAGACGUGGUUGAGUUACUCGUGAAAAAAGGAGCUAAUCUGUCACUCAGAGAUGCACGCAGUAACAACAUCCUUCACCUGGCCUGUCGGGGAGGGCAUGUUGGUGUUGUGAAAUAUGUCCUGUCAGAGGGCACUGUUGACGUCAACGCGAAGAACGACAAGGGAGAGUCAGCUGCCACAAUAGCGACAACACUUGGACGACAGCACGUUCUGGAGGUUCUUCUGUCACACGGUGUUAACAUGUAA